UCCUCCGCCUCCGCCGCCCUCCGCCGCAUAGCAGGCCCUCCUCCUCUCUCUCCGGCGCCAUGGGGGAGCACCGCACCCUCACCCUCCUCGUGCUCUCCGCCAAAUCCCCCGAAGAGAUCGCCCUCGCCCGAUCCAUCGACUCCGACCGCCUAACCCUAAAUCUCAGCGAGGGAGACGAAGGGGAAGGAGGAGAAGUUAGAGUUUUGCUGGACUCCGAUGUCGACUCAAUCGACCACCACCCAACGUUCGGGUUCCAGCUUUACAUGGAAGCGCUUUCCACGAAGCGCUUUGGGAGGCUCCUCGUAUGGUCCCCGAGGAUCUCUUCCACUCACGACCUCGUCACUAAGAAUUUUCAUGAGCUCCCGAUUGGUACAGUGUGUGUUGCAGAUAUUCAAUCCAAAGGAAGAGGUCGAGCGAAGAAUGUAUGGGAAUCGCCGCCGGGUUGCCUCUUGUUCUCUUUUACGUUGCAGAUGGAUGAUGGGAGGAAGCUACCUCUCGUGCAGUAUGUUGCGUCUCUUGCAGUAACCGAGGCUAUCAAGGAGUUGUGUAUCACUAAAGGAUUGCCGCCGCUAGAUGUCAGAAUAAAGUGGCCCAAUGAUCUGUACUUAAAUGGUCUUAAAGUCGGAGGCAUUCUUUGUACCUCAACCUACCGAUCCAAAAAUUUUAACGUUUGUGCUGGUAUUGGUUUAAACGUGGAUAAUGAAAAGCCCACUACAUGUUUGAAUGCAGUGCUCCAAGAAAAAACUUCUUCACAUAGACUAAAGAGAGAAGACAUUCUUGCGUCUUUUUUCGAUAAAUUUGAAAAUCUUUUUGAGAUUUUCUCGGACCAAGGCUUUCAGUUUCUCGAGGAGCUAUACUAUGACACAUGGCUUCACAGUGGCCAAAAAGUUGUCAUAGAAGAAAAACAUGAGGAUCAAUCUGUAGAAGAAACUGUAGUUACAGUUCAGGGAUUAACUUCCUCUGGAUAUUUAUUGGCUACUGACGAGGAUAACAAAACUUACGAGCUACACCCUGAUGGCAAUAGCUUUGAUUUCUUCAAAGGACUGGUGAGGAGGAAGAUCAAAUGAAGCAAACAAAAGCACCAAAAAAAAAAAAGAAGUGCGGAAGCGAAAGCAGUAGAACAGAUUAUACAGGGAGGCAAACUUGGUUUCUGGAUUUGAAGUUAAACAGAGUCUUGUUUCUGGUUCCGCACCAAUGUUGUUGAUUAAUCAUAUGAUCCCUUGGCCACUGAAAAAAGUUGUAUUCUUUCAAGCCAAAAGUUUACAAUGCAGCGUGAUAGCAUGUGUAUCUCUCCCUUUUAUUCGUUGCGAUCUCACUGCAGUAUGUAUGUCAACAUACAUGUCGUUUUGUAAUGAACUCCUGAUCUUUUACUCUUUUUUUUAAAAAGUUUAUUAACAUCCCUUAACUUUUA